AUGGACGGGCAUUUCGCUUACAUCGACAUGGAAAACCCGACCGAAAACCCCAGCAAGGCGGCGGAGUACCUCAAAGAGCUCAAUAAAAUCAUCGAAACCCAACAGGAGUUGUUGGAGAAGCAGAAGAAUCGGAUUGAAGAGCUCGAACAGCAAGUGUGUGAUCUUUGUCAAGAGAACGUGUGCUUGAAGGAUCAGCACCAGAGGCACCUGGCCACCUGCAGACUGCAACAGGGCAACAGUCACCCCACGCUGGGUGCCAUCAAGGAGAAUGUGAUCCAAGAAAAGAAUGAAAGUGAGGGCUUGCAUGUCGCAAAUGUCAGACGGCACGCUUCUUUGCCCCUUGAUGUCACAGAUAACCCUGGCAACUUUAUUGUGCCGCUGUGUCGAAGAAGUUACCCCUGUCGCAAAUGGAAAUCUGCAUCUCUUGGUGUGGAAGGUGAGGCUCCGGGUGGUGAGGCGGGCCCCUCUCUAGAGAACAGUGGCAGUUAUUUACGAGGGCCGGUGAGCCGCAGUGCCAUCAUCAGUGGCGAGCACUUUGACGGCCCACCACUGUAUGCUCACGACAUACGGCAGCGCCCACGGCGACCCAAACUCCAGCAUUCCCAAUCGAUCCUUCGCAAACAGGCAGAGGAGGAGGCUAUCAAACGCUCACGAUCACUCUCUGAGAGUUAUGAGCUCUCAACUGACCUCCAAGACAAACAGGUGGAGAUGCUGGAGCGCAAGUAUGGAGGGCGCUUUAUAACCCGACAUGCUGCGCGAACAAUCCAGACUGCCUUCCGCCAAUAUCAGAUGAACAAGAACUUUGAGCGCCUCAGGAGUUCUAUGUCGGAGAACCGCAUGUCCAGACGCAUAGUUUUGUCCAAUAUGAGAAUGCAGUUUUCUUUUGAAGGACCUGAAAAAGUCCACAGUUCAUAUUUUGAGGGGAAGCAGGUGUCUCUUACAGACGAUGGUUCUAAACUAGGAGCAUUGGUGCAAUCGGAGCGUGGGGAGAUGGUCCCCGCCAACAUGAAGUCUCCUGCAGUCCAGAGCGAUUUCUCGGAUGCCAUUACAGAGCUGGAGGAUGUUUUCUCUCGACAAGUGAAGUCAUUGGCAGAGUCUAUAGAUGAUGCUCUGAACUGUCGCAGCCUACAUGGAGAUGAGGGACAGCCAGAGCCAGCCAGAGGUCAUCCAGACAUAGAACAAGAGGUAACCUACAAGGUCAAGCCUUCUCACAGUAGUGACCACCGUAAGCGAGAUGAGAUGACAGCUUCCUAUAGUGAUGUGACACUUUAUAUAGAUGAGGAAGAGCUCUCCCCUCCACUUCCUUUAUCACAAUCAGUUGACAGACCUUCUAGCACAGAAUCAGACCUCCGUCUACGUUCUUUGAACUCACAGGACUACUGGUCUCUAGCUCAUAAGGAGGAAAAGGGUGACACAGACACUAGCUGCCGAAGCACCCCAUCUCUAGAGUGUCAAGAGCAGAGACUGAGGAUAGACCACCUUCCCUUGCUUACAAUUGAACCUCCCAGCGAUAGCUCGGUUGAGCUGAGCGACCGUUCUGACCGAAGCUCACUCAAGAGGCAGAACGCUUAUGAACGGGGCAUCACUAGUCAGCAGGGCAGCCCAAAACACAUUCCCUCUCAUGCGCUACCACCAAGGGGACCGGCAAGAGAUGACGACGCUCCAAGGCAUCGGCCAAGGCAACUGGAGAGCCACCUGGCAAUCAACGGCACUGCCAACCGACAGAGCAAAUCCGAGUCUGACUUCUCCGAUGGCGAUAACGACAGCAUCAAUAGCACUUCCAAUUCCAAUGAUACCAUCAACUGCAGUUCGGAGUCCUCAUCCAGGGAUAGUCUUCGAGAGCAGACUCUCAGCAAGCAGACGUAUCAUAAAGAGACACGCAACAGUUGGGACUCACCCGCGUUCAGCAAUGAUAUCAUCCGCAAGAGGCACUAUCGUAUUGGCCUGAACCUUUUUAACAAGAAACCUGAAAAAGGCAUCCAAUACCUGAUUGAGAGAGGAUUUGUCCCAGACACACCUGUGGGAGUUGCCCAUUUCCUGUUACAGAGAAAAGGUCUGAGUCGACAGAUGAUUGGCGAGUUCCUGGGCAACAGGCAGAAACAGUUUAACAGAGAUGUUCUUGACUGUGUGGUAGAUGAGAUGGAUUUCUCUGGAAUGGAGCUGGAUGAGGCCUUGAGAAAAUUCCAGGCACAUAUCCGGGUGCAGGGAGAGGCACAAAAAGUGGAGCGACUCAUUGAAGCCUUCAGUCAGCGCUACUGCAUCUGCAACCCUGGGGUGGUGCGUCAGUUUAGGAACCCAGAUACCAUCUUCAUCCUGGCGUUUGCCAUCAUACUUCUCAACACGGACAUGUACAGCCCAAACGUGAAACCAGAGAGGAAGAUGAAACUGGAGGAUUUUGUAAAGAACCUUCGCGGGGUGGAUGAUGGAGAGGACAUCCCAAGAGAGAUGUUGGUGGGCAUCUAUGAACGAAUCCGGAAACGAGAGCUUAAAACGAAUGAAGACCACGUCUCCCAGGUACAGAAGGUGGAGAAACUCAUUGUUGGCAAGAAGCCGAUCGGGUCUUUGCACCAUGGCCUUGGAUGUGUGCUGUCUCUACCACAUCGCAGGCUGGUAUGUUACUGCAGGCUGUUCGAAGUGCCAGACCCUAACAAACCUCAGAAACUGGGUCUCCACCAGAGAGAAAUCUUCCUAUUCAAUGACCUUUUAGUGGUCACUAAGAUUUUCCAGAAGAAGAAGAAUUCGGUGACGUACAGCUUCAGGCAGUCCUUUUCUCUAUACGGGAUGCAGGUGCUUCUGUUUGAAAACCAGUAUUACCCCAAUGGAGUGCGUCUCACUUCAGCUCUUCCAGGCGCAGACAUCAAGGUUCUCAUUAACUUCAACGCCCCCAACCCGCAAGACCGCAAGAAGUUCACAGAUGACCUGCGGGAGUCCAUCGCAGAGGUCCAGGAAAUGGAGAAAUACAGAAUAGAGUCCGAACUGGAGAAGCAGAAAGGUGUGGUACGUCCCAGCAUUUCCCAGAGCUCAGGGCUGAAGAAAGAAACAGGAAAUGGCAAUCUGAGCCGCACCAGCCUGGAUGACAGUUACGCCAUGGGUGAAGGCCUCAAGAGAAGUGCCCUCAGCAGCUCCUUACGUGACCUUUCAGAUGCAGGCAAGCGGGGGCGCCGCAGCAGUGCAGGAUCUCUAGACAGCAAUAUGGAAGGGUCCAUCAUUAGCAGCCCCCACAUGCGGCGUCGAGCCACUUCCAGCCGCGACUGCCCCUCCCGCCAGCAGUCCAUCCCCAACUCCUCUUCUCUCCUGGGCUCCCUGUUUGGCACCAAGCGGGGCAAGUCGCCCUCUCUGCCUCCCCAGCCCUCACACCCCUCCCACCCGACACUCAUCUCUCACACCCCGCACCCUAUCACCCUGCACCACACAGCCCGCGAUGGUGUCACCGAGACCCAGGCACAGAUGCACUCCCACCACGCUCAAUUUUGCCACAUGCAGAAUCCUCCUCCAUACCACCACCACCAUCACUACCACCCCCCAGCGCACGUUCAACACCCACCCCACCAGUACCACCCUCCGCCUGGCCCAUCAUCCUCUCACAGCCACUCGCACGGUCCCCACGGCCACGGGCCACACCCCUCGCACCCCUCCCACUCCCAGCAUGCACCUCACCACCACAACCAGCCUCCGGCCCCUCCUCCGGCGGCCAGCAGCACCAAGCCAAAACACAGCGGCAUCAGCACUGUGGUUUGAGCCCCUCUGUGAACUCUUUCCACUUGGGAAUGGGACCGUUUUUGGCGGGGUGACCGUUGGGCCUCUCUUUAGAUUGUAACGUGCGACGGAUUGUUGCUGCCUACAAGGACACGAAUAAAAGGGCACCAUGACUCACGUUUCAACUCAUCCAGUACCCGUUUCCUCUGGAAAAGGGAGCCACACUGUGUAGCACCGGUCUUCUCUUUUUGGGCGGCUAGAACUCAAAUCAUCAGUUCUUACCAGUCAUUGUUCAAGCUGUAGAGCCCCAGAUAAAACUGCUGCUGCUGCUUUCUUUUAGGCUCGAUUUUAGAGACUUUCAACCCUCUCGACUUUGGCGGCGAAGCAAGAGCAUGCGCAAAAGACCAGAGCAACUGUUUUCUUGUACUUAAUUACCUAAAUGCAUUAUCAAAUAGCCUGCUUAUUAGUUUGCAGAAACUAAACUACGGUUCGAGAGAAGUCGGUCACAAUGAGCGGUGUUCCAGUAUUUAAUGUAGCUGUAGACCACACAUUUCUGUGAUAUAGUUAGGGGACUAUAACGUGCCAAUUAUUAAAAAGCAGUGACUGAGUUAUUCCAAAAAAAAAAAGAAAGAAAACGAAAAAAGAUUUGCUUUGUGUGUGUCGUGCAUAUAGUAUUUUGUAAAAUAAUAAUAAUAAUAUUAGCAGCUAUUAUUAUUAUUGUUAUAGGACUAAAAUGAUCCGAAGCCUCAGAUAAAAUCUCAGUAUUCUCUAUGUACUCUCGACGUAGGAGUUACUAGUUUUCACUGAUACUGAACUCAGUAGGCAGCCAGUUGAACAACAUGAAAAUGAUUGGUUGCCUUGGAGUUGGAAGACUCUUCCGGAAUCUCCGGCUUGUGUUCGCUCCACCUCCUUCGGGAUCUACGUAGCGCAAACCAAUCACAGGGACUGUGGGAAGGGUGAGGGUGGAACAGGGGAACUCAUGGAUGGAUCCUCCACGGCCUCGACUCGUCGGUCCCGGCCACUGCUGCAACAUGGUUUUAUUUUUUUAACUAUUUUUUUAGAGAUGAAUAAAUCAAUAUGAAAUAAAUGUACAUUUGAAGAUGUUUAUGGUAAAGCCGGUGUGAUGGGGAAGGCUAUUUUGCCGUCGAACAUUAGGGGUUGUGUUUGGGUCAGAGGAAAGCUAGAGCUGAUCAAAUUCUCUCCCCGUAUUUCAAGAGUUAGUUUGUGCAGAGAUGUUGAUUUUUUUCUCAGCAGGCUGAGCGUGUGCCCUCUUCUGUGUGGAAAUGAAGUAGAUUUGAUACAUAUUCUCCUGUCCUCCCGUGAGAAUGCCUUUCACUUGCUCAGAAACACAGCUAAUGUAAUGUAAACUGCAUAUAAUAUGUAGCAGUGGGUCGGUUCGGAUGAACAGAUUUGGACAUGUUUUUUCACACAUAUCCCCUUUCUCGGUUCAAUUUUUGACUUGUUUUAUACUGUAAGUAGACACAUGGUGACGGAGCUGUGAUUCGAUGUAAUAGUUUGUGUGUUGACGCUCUUUUAACUCAAGUACAGAGCUUCUGAACAGCACUCGUCUUUGUAAAUAUUCACUUCGUGUACAGAAACCACGGUUGAAAUGAGCUCGCUCUCUUAUACGAGACCAGUGUACGCACAUUUGAUGUGCGUCGUUUCUCUUUCAGUCUUUCUUUUUUUAAUGAAUUAAUCAUGUGCAAUAUGUAUGUUUCAGUUUUGACAGUUCAGCCAGUUGGUUGGUUGAUUUGGUUUGUUGUUUCUGUUAUCAUAUUUCCAAUAUCAUACUUCAAACCCCAAAUUGUUUCUCGCCCCCCCACCGACAUCUUGUUCUCCCUGGUCUCUGUUUUACCUGCAACCUACAGUCAGGAAUGUCAACUAAAGUACUCUUGCAUGUAUAUUGUACAAAAUAUUCUCUAGAUAUUGCAUAUUUCCAGAGAUAUUAUCAGUGUUACAGUUGACCGUUGUUAAAUGAGUGAUGAUGAUAAUGAUGAUGAUGAUGAACAUAUUAAAAUCUGUAGACUUCUCUUCAUUCGAAAUGUCUUUAUCUUGUUUCGUACCGAAAUAGAUUCAAUUAGGAGACAUCUUUUUAUUGUUUAUCUGAGCGUGAAAAAUCUAACACUGAACAUCAAAUCGUUUAUAAAGGGAAAUAUUAGUCGGUAGCCUAAUCGUAAUGAAGUGCCGCCGGGGCACAUCCGUAUAAUAAUAAUAAUAAUAAUAGAAGCUUACAGAUUAUAGAGCAUAAAUCCGUGUUUAUGUCAUUAUCAGACUUCAUAACACCUGGCUUGUUCCCAAGAUGCACUGAAACCAGUAAUUUGUAAAGUACAGCAGCUCAUCUCUGUGUACAAAUACGAUCACUCGAAGCCAUUUCUGACCAAACAACACACCAUAAAUACAAUAAAAUUGUCAAGAAAAUGUCUCUUUCCAAGGUGGUUUUUUUUUUUUUUUUUAGGUUUUUCACCUUUGUGUUGAAUGUUUUUAAUGGAUUUAAGUGCAGUGUAUUGUAAAUGUAUUGGUGCGCUUCAGCUAUGUACUGUACAGUACUGGACGGUCAAGUCAAAACAUCACCAAGCUUUGCAUGCAGCUGAUGCCUAGCACCUCUGCUUGAAAUAUGACCUUAUUUAAAAAUGAAGAAAUGUGCUUUCUUUUGUUUGUUCGAUUGUGUUGUUUUUUUUUUUAAGUGGUGUUGGCUUGCAGUUACAUUUUAUGCUGUGCCACUGCAUUUCGGCAUGUAUAUCUCUUGUUUACCCCCCCAAAAAAGAUUACACUUCAGUUUUGUUUUUGUUUAGUUUUUUCUGUAAAAAGCCUGUGUCGCUGUAUAUAUCACAAACCAAUGUGAGAAAAUAGAAAAAAAGCAUAUCAUAUAUAAAUCUAAUAUGGAUGAAAAAGGGAAAGUGUAAGGGUAGGGGGUUGGGUUUAUGUGUACAUAGUCUGUAUAAUACUUUUUUGUUUUUCGCUCGGCCAUCGCAUUGACAGUGUAGUCCUUUUUUCACCUUAAAGAGACUCAAAAUAACAUGACACUGCUUCUGCUACCAAAUGUACUUCUCAAGUUUGUCAUAGGAUCUUCUUUAAUAAGCCGACUGUUACAUAACUCUCAUCGCCUUUCAUGUGCGUCCACUCAUACAUUUCAUUUUUUUAAUUACCAAACAAGGAGAGGAUGAUUUUAAUAUGCAUUCUGUUUCUAAGUAGAUGAUGAGACCCUGUUGAUGUUUAACUAUAACUGUGACCAUGUUGAGAACAUGAAAUAAAACAAUAUACCAUAAAAUUCCUAACUUGUAUUGUUCUGUAUUAAAGCACACAUUAUGUUGAAAUAAAUCAUUUUGAAUGCA